UGUGCACCAACUGCUCCAAGAAAACCAGCAGAAGAACAGACUUACUAUUAACACCCUUUACAUUCUUGGACUUCCUAUAGUCAUCUUGUGAGAAGGAACAAUGUCGUAUGGUGAGACUGUCAAGAAGGUAACAGAACGGAUGCACCGCUUCCCACUAAUCAACAUCCAAGGGGUUCCUCUCAGGUGUUACAUUGCCAACAACUGGGACUCUAUCUGGGCCUUCCGCCCUGAUCCAUUGGACAUUCUUAUUGCCACCUAUCCCAAAGCAGGAACAACAUGGGUACAGGAGAUUGUGGAUCUGCUACGCCACAAUGGAGAUGUAGAGGCAACAAGGACAGCGCCGACCCAGGAACGAUUCCCCUUCCUGGAGAUCCACUACCCCCCACCUAUCCCCUCUGGUUUGAGCCGGCUUGAAAAGAUGAACCCCCCAAGGGUCAUCAAGACUCAUUUGCCAAUCCAUUUGGUGCCUGAAGGGUUCUGGGAAAAUAAAUGCAAGACUAUCUAUGUAGCGAGAAAUGCAAAGGACAACCUAGUCAGCUACUACCACUUUGACAAAAUGACUCUAAUCCAACCUGAGCCCGGACCAUGGGACAGCUACAUCCGCAAGUUCAUGAAUGGAGAAUUGGCAUGGGGUUCAUGGUAUCACCAUGUGAAGGCUUACUGGAAUGAACGAGAAAAGAAGAAUAUACUCUAUCUAUUCUAUGAAGACAUGAAAGAGAAUCCUCGCCGAGAAGUGGAGCGCAUCAUGCACUACCUGGAUUUGUCUCUCUGUGAUGAUGUCAUCAGUCGCAUUGUGGAGCUGACCUCCUUUAAUAGCAUGAAGGAGGACCCGAUGGCUAACUACACAUUAAUGCCCACAGCAAUUUUUGACCAGUCCAUUUCCCCCUUCAUGAGAAAAGGUGUAGUGGGUGAUUGGACCAAUUAUUUCUCCCCUGCCCAGAAUCAACUGUUUGAUGAAGACUACAAAAGACAAAUGAAAGAUGUAGACAUUCCUUUCCGGACCAAAAUCUAGCAAUACUAUGGAUGACCAAAGAAAAUGGAAACAUCACAAUUUACCUCAAACGCAGAACAUGUAUUUGAAUGGCUGUCCACUUAUGUACUGUUCAAACAAAAAAACAACACAUUGGUACA